UCACGUCACGUCUCUGCUCGGUAUUUUUAACCGGCUUUACCAGAGCCACGGAGCGGAGAAGCGGCGCGUCUUCAGAGCCGAGCGGGCGUUAAACGGAGAUCCUUCCAUUCAUGCCUCUUUAGUCGCUCGGGAAGCCGCUAUGUCUGUGCAAAACCCGCUUCAGGUGAUGAACAUCCCCUGGAGGAACAACAACUUCAGCCUGAUGAGCCGCGAUCCGCCGCUGUCCGAUCAGGGAGAGACGAUCAUCGGGGUCUACCUGCUGAUCCUGGGUUGGUUGUCGUGGUUUGGCAACAGCAUCGUGAUCUUCGUUCUGUUCAAGCAGAGAUCUUCUCUGCAGCCCACCGACUAUCUGACGCUCAACCUCGCCGUUUCUGACGCCAGCAUCUCCGUGUUCGGAUACUCCCGAGGAAUCCUCGAGAUCUUCAACGUCUUCAGGGAUAACGGAUACCUCAUCACCUCUGUGUGGACGUGCCAGGUGGACGGCUUCUUCACGCUGCUCUUUGGUCUGGGCAGCAUCAACACUCUGACUGUCAUCAGCAUCAGCAGAUUCAUCAAGGGCUGUCACCCCAGCAAAGCUCACUGCAUCUCCAGCUCCACCGUGCUCAUGUGUGUCCUCUUCAUCUGGACAGGAGCCCUGUUCUGGUCUGCAGCGCCGAUCCUGGGCUGGGGAAGCUACACGGAUCGUGGAUAUGGCACGUGUGAGAUCGACUGGGUCAAAGCCAACUACUCCACCAUCCACAAGUCCUUCAUCAUCUCCAUCCUCAUCUUCUGCUUCUUCAUCCCUGUGCUGAUCAUGCUGUUCUCGUACAUCUCCAUCAUCAACACGGUGAAGAGAGGAAACGCCAUGUCAGCCGAGAGAGACCUGACCGACAGACAGCGCAAGAUCGAGAGAGACGUCACCGUCGUGUCUAUAGUGAUCUGCACGGCCUUCAUCCUGGCCUGGUCUCCGUACGCGGUCGUGUCCAUGUGGUCAGCGUGGGGUUUCCACGUGCCGAGUCUCACCAGCAUCUUCACCAGGCUCUUCGCCAAAUCCGCCAGCUUCUACAACCCUCUGAUCUACUUCGGCCUGAGCUCCAAGUUCCGGCGAGACGUGAGCGUGCUGCUGCCCUGCGGCGGAGAAACCAAAGACGCCGUCAAGCUCAAGCGCUUCAAAGAGUUCAAGGGGAAGGCGGACGGCCAGAGAUUCAGAGCCGAGGCCCAAGACAACCACGACUUACACAAGAACGAGAAAAAAUACCAUCCGGCAAACCCCGCCCCCAGCCCGGACUCAGGGGUGGGCAGUCACCAGGAGACUCCGCCCCCUGCAGGUGCACAGGUGUUCUUCGUCGACGCCCCCGAGCCGUCAGACACACCUGAGUCCGAGUGCAUCAGACUCUAGAUCACCAGCGCUUACCAGCUUCAUUUUAUAUUUCAGCUACGUCACAAAACGUCAUGAUCACAAAAUGCGUGGAAAGCUAUUUUUUUUUUUUAUAAAUGAUGGUUGUGAAUGUGAACUGUUGUUUUGUAACAAGUGUGUACGAAUAAAGACAGUUUUGUGUUUAUAUGCUGCUCAUUAACAUUUUUGCAGAGCGAAAAAAAAUCCAGCAUUUGAUUUAAUUGUUAAUUGUAGUUAAAGUUAAUUUCAACGUUUAUUAAAUUGAAAGUUAUUUCUGUAUAAACGUCAGUUUAAAAUUAUGGGUUUUAAACAGUUAUGUAAAAAACAUUAAAAUGAUAAUAAUAAUAGACGCUUUUGUGUAUAUUCGUAGUGCGUCACAUUUUUUUUUAUUAAAUUAAAUUUAUGCAUUUAGCAGACGCUUUCAAAGCGACUUACAGUGCAUUCAGGCUAUCAAUUUUUACAUAUCGUGUUCCCGGGGAAUCGAACCCACAACCUUGUGCUUGCUUGCUAGCGCUCUACCAGUUGAGCUACAGGAACACUAAGAGUUGUUUAAGUAUUUUUUAUUUAAGUAUUUUUUAGAGUAGCUAAAAAUGUUUAUAACACUUAAAGCCUUUAUGCAUAAUGCAUUUCUUUAUGUAAUUAUUAGUUAAUAAUAUUCAAUAUUUAUCAUAUGUAUUAUAUUUAAGUUUUUCUUUUCCAUGACUGUAAUUUUAUUUAAUUGAUCAGAACUGAUACCUAACUUAUUGCUCAUUAAUAGAUGACAUUAAUGAAAGUGUUAUCUCAGAUUUGACUGUUGGGCAUUUUCUUUAAACGUGUCUUUAAUGAGGUUCUGUAAUUUGAUGUUUCUCUUUCCAUUCCUGCAGCUUUAGUGUCGAGUCAGUGAUUUAAUAUCACCAAAAAACUGAAAUUAAGAAUUGUCUUGCAUUUACAUGAGAAUAAAAGUGUUCAUGCAAAAUUAAAA